AUGUUGAUCUGGCCGCUGGAGGAGGCACGAUCUUCGCGUCAGUGCCAGAGUCAUCCGAGCAACGGGCUCCAGCCGUCCUCUCCGGUCCCAACUAAUCCACCGAAUGCGUGUACCGACUCAAACACGAAACAGUCUGACUGGGGUUGUGGUUUCCUGGGCCCUCAUUCGGCCUAUGGGCCGCCGGAGAACAUGUUUUUUCACGAGGGGCUGCCAGUUGGACAACCGACCCGAUGGUUGGGAGGCUAUGAUAACGGGGCUUCUGAGGCCGAACAGCAUCCCGAUUGGUCGAAGCGGCUUGGAUGA